AUGGCUCUCUCUUCCAAAUUCGUAAUCAAUGGAUCACUCAAUUAUGCAUGGUUAUGCAGAGGAUUCGUCUCUGCCACCGCGCCAUCUCACAAAGCUAAAAUCGAUAAAGACACGUGCGAAAAGAUCAUAGAAACGGCCAAAACGUUAAAAGAAGGGUCCAAAGAUGUGGUUAAGGAAGUCAAGCGCGUCGGCGAAGCUAUCACCGGAAAGGUCACCAAUGCUACCGGAAAUAUGGUGGCGGAUGCGGCCAAGAAGGGGUUCGAGCGCGCAGCGGAGACGGCGGAGACUAAAAAAGGCAAAGAUUUGUUAGAUACCGGUAAAGUUGCCGCCGAAGCUGUACAGGAAAAUGUCGAAAAGAAGGAUAAAUGAAAACACAAAUAAUGCAUAUUUUAUGAUAUGAUAAACAGACUAGUUGGAUUGGAUAUCAUGUGAUUUGGAUG